AUUUCCCCCCCCCCCACCGGCUUUUCUGAGUGGCUCUGCGCCUCGUGAUGGGCUAUAAACCUCCCCAUUCCCUCCCCGUGUUCACACCUUGAUACCACCACCACCACCAACCCACCAACCCAUCCACUCUCCAUCCCACACAGACACAACACGGACACACACAAGUCCGCCCACGUAUUCCGGGGUGAUGGUAGGGGAAGGUGGGAGGCACAUCUGUGAUCAUCAUUUCGCCUGGAGCAAAAGUCGAUCGGGUUGAACGACUUCUGGCCGCCUUCUGAAACCGGUUUCGCCCGUUCCGCUCGAAGCGAAAGAAGCCAAGACCCAAGGGGAGGCCCUCAGGAUGCGGCAGACUAAAGCGACCUCGUGGGGGAGCCUGGCGAUGAUCCUCGCCGUGCUCGUGGCCGGCGCGUCGGGUCAAAUUGCCAAAACCCCGCCGCCGCCUAAGACGACGGCGGCGGCGUCCACCGCGUCCACCGGCACCACGGUCACCACGACGCUGCCGGGCGGCGUUCCGUCGUCGCCGCCGUACGUCACCGGGGGGCCGUCGACAGCUCCGGGCAACGGCACGUCACCGGGGCGCAACGAGUCGUCGCCGGCGGCGCCCAACUCCACCGCCACCGAGGCGCCGGCGUCGACCGCGAACGCCACCGCCGCCGCCAACGCCACGGCACCCUCCGCUGCCACUGCCGGCAACGUCAGCACGGUGUCGGUCGCGGCGAACGCAACGGCCAACGGAACGGGCAACGGAACGGGCAACGGAACGGCCAACGGAACGGCCAACGCAACCGCCAACGGAACGGCCAACGCAACGGCCAACGCAACGGCCGAGGCGACGACAACAGUGACGACAACGACGACGGCAACGACGACGGCGACGACAACAGUGAAGACGACGACAACGGCAAAGGCGACGACCAAAGCGGCGACGACGCCCAAGAGCGUGGCGAGCACGACCGUGAUGAACGCGAAGGGAGACGGUAGCAGGAAUGACAAAGCCAGCAGUGCAGAGGGCUCGGGCCACGUGGCGGGAGUCGUGUUCGGAGUGCUCCUGGCCAUCGCGCUCAUGCUGGGCGUACUGUUCGUCGUGCGCAAGCGCUACAUGAUCAACCGCCCGUUCCACCACCAGCGUCUCCUGGACGACGGCAGUGACGACACGGGUCUCUAAGAAGAAAAACCCCACUGCAUCAUCAUCAUCACCUUCUUUCCCAUGGGUGACCGCUGACGGACAAGCACGUGUUUCGGAGUCACAUCUCCCCGUCUUUAUAUUUUUUUGUCUCUGUUCGAGACACUUAGCCCACUUCGCAGCACCACCCAGAGGGUGGGGGGCUGGAAAUCAAAAGUGCAUCAUGGUUGCGUGCCUCCCCCGCCCGCCCUCCGCGGUUGCCGAAUUUCACGGUGAAACUUCAAAGAGGGCGAGCCCCGAGUCAAGUAACACACAACGCCCGCAAACAAGCAGGCGCACACACACACGCAUGUGUGUAGAUGUAGAUGCCACUGGUUAUUCACGUUCUGCAGAUAUAGAUGCUACUGAUUCUUCACGUUCUGCAGAUGUAGAUGCCACUAAUUCUUCACGUUCUGCAGAUGUAGAUGCCACUGGUUCUUCACGUUCUGUAGAUGCUACUGAUUCUUCACGUUCUGCAGAUGUAGAUGCCACUGGUUCUUCACGUUCUGCAGAUGUAGAUGCCACUGGUUCUUCACGUUCUGCAGAUGUAGAUACCACUGGUUCUUCACGUUCUGCAGAUGUAGAUACCACUGGUUCUUCACGUUCUACAGAUGUAGAUGCCACUGGUUCUUCACGUUCUGCAGAUGUAGAUGCCACUGGUUCUUCAUAUUCUACGGAUGUAGAUGCCACUGGUUCUUCAUGUUCUGCAGAUAUCGAUGCUAAUUCCCUUUGGCGCUUGUGUUUCCUCUCUACUCUUCAUCUCUGCAUAAAUCAACUUGUGACGGGCAAUAGAAUCAUUGAACAGCGGUAAUAAUAAUAAUAAUAGUACAAUUUGUAACGCGCGCAAAUUUGCAGACGUAGUGGCCGCAACUCAGAGGCGCGGAGCCAAGCUCAAAGUCGCUCAAAAGCAUGAUUGUAGAGGUGAGUUUUUAAGUGUCUCUUGAAGGAGGCGAUUGAGGUGAUGCUGCGAAUGUGCAGAGGGAUAUCGUUCCAGACUGUUGGGGCUGCCACCGAGAAGCGGCGCGUAGACAUGACCAUCCUGGAUCUUGGUAUUGAGAGGAGGUCGUGAGUCGCGCUGCGCAGGCAUCUGCCGUGUGCUGAGCUGCAAGUUGUCAGUAAUGAAGAAAGAUACGGCGGGACAUACGGACAGGUUUGUGCGUAUCUCUGAAAGUUCCUAAGUCGAAUAAUUCGUAAGUAGAGGUAGUCCCUGUACUGCAUCGGGCGCAAGCUGAGGGUGGGGGGUCAGGGAAUUGGGUGAUGGGGUUAGUGGCAACGUUGGCGAUGCAACAGAUGUUCAUUAGGGAUAAAGUACGGGUUGGUUGUCCCUGUGGAGGCGGCAUUGCCGAGGGGACAGGACAGGAAGGGUGGGUCACCCUUAACACGUGAAGGACACGGGUUCGAAUCCCCACCUCGGGCUACCGAGUAUUUUCUAUGUUUUAAUCCGCUCCCUCUGGCUAUCGUAACCUUUCCGGCAACCAACGCUGUUUUUGUAAAUGGUCCGUAGAACAUUACCUAGGUGAUGUUAUAGGGACGCUACUUUGAACAAGAACAUAAUUGGUCUACAGCACAUUACCUAGGCGAUAUUGCAGGGACGUUACUUCGAACAUGAACGUAACUAAAUCUUGACUUAAAGCUUUCGUGACCGCAGGAAUUCAUGUUCUUUGGGUCUUUCGGUAAAGCCACGAGGAUAUAAAAAAUAACAAAAAUCUAAAUCACGACGUUUCAAUCGCAACACAAGCAAUCGUCUUCAGGUGAAGAAGAGUGGGAAAUCUGCUGAGGCAGACUGUCUAAAUCUUUAUAAACAGGCCUGCCUCAGCAGAUUUCACCAUCUUCUUCACCUGAAGAUGAUUGCUUGUGUUGCAACCGAAAAGUCGUGAUUUUGAUUUUUGUUAUUAUUUUUCUACGUGGCUUUACCGAAAGACCCAAAGAAUAUGAACGUAACUGAUCUACAGCACAUUACCUCUUUGAUGUUGUAGGGACGUUACCUCUAACGCGAACAGAAAUAGUCUCUAGCACAUUACCUCUUUGAUGUUGUAGGGACGUUACCUCUAACGCGAACAGAAAUAGUCUCUAGCACAUUACCUUGGUGAUGUUGUAGGGGGUGGGAUUUCGAACAUAAACGGCGUGUGAUAAUUAUACACAUUUUACCCGGUAAAUUUAACUUAAUUGGCGCUUGCCUCCCUGAGCAGGGAGUUAUGAGCGGGGGUGUGAAGUCUCUUGCUUGCCCACCACCCCACCCCCGUCUACCAAGCGGGGCAAAGCGCCAGCCUCUCUCUUACUCCCUUGUGGCGCUGCCUAGUGUGGUGGGUUUUCACGGUUUUUACCUCCUCGUUCAGGAUAUGUUCGUUAACAAACAACAAUUUAGAAGGAAAGCACGAAUUUCUCCCGGUGGUUACGUGGCGAGGCGGUGUGCAGACACCGGCUCCGUCCGACGUGACGUUUUGAGGCUUCGUUUAGUGAGCAAAUCAAACCAAAAAAAAAGACAAGGUCAUGGUCCAGCACUGACGUGACAUCGAAUUCCAUUUAAGUGACGCCGCUAGAUUUCCAGAACGAGUGUGAUUUUAAAGUAUUUUUGUUGUUGUUUUAAGACGCGAGGUUGCCACCUGUCCUUGCUUUGAUGUCACGAUAUCCCUGCGUUGAUGCAUUUAAAUUAAUUUAAUGGAUGUCACUAGAUUGCCACGGUUACCAUUUUUAAUCGUUUACUGUACUGGUUUUCCCAAGAUCAUCCUCUUAUUGAGGUUAGCUCCCGUGGGAUAUCUGCAAGUCUUCGCAAAGUCCUGGUUUUUUUUGUCAGUCGCGUGAAAGCACACCACUCAAUACCGUGCAUUUACAUGCAGUCAUCCUCCCCUCUUCUGCUGUUAUGAAUACAGGGUGCUUUAAAAAAUUGUUAACACUUCUGAGAAUUUGCAACAGUACCACAAGAAAUGUACCUCCGAGCUCUGGAGACCACCUGGAGAAGAUUCCAGGCGUGCGUUGACAAUGAUGGCGAAUAAGCGGAGACUCUUUGACUUUUUGAAGCUAUUAACAUGACAUUUGUUGUCAUGUCACAGCGUAUUAUUAUUCGUUACUUUUCCCAUUGAAAACUAUAAUCCCAUAUAAGUGUUAACAUUUCUUUUGAAGCACCCUCUAUUCUCCUGCCUCAUGACAUGUCCCAGGGGGUUAUUCUGGUGCACUUCAAAGAGGUGGCCAACCCUGCACCAACGAAACUUUGAGCCCAAACAGCGCUGGAUGAGCCCUGUUCGUUUUUUUUUAAGACUCAACUUUCCUUUGAAACAUCGGGUGAAAAGAACGAACACUCCAUGGCCGGCAAACGACCACCACGGCACACAUCGCACGCACCUCUGUCAACGAAGAACGCAGUUGAUCACUGGCUUUUAAGCAGAAGAAUAAUAGCGUAAAUAAUGCUGUUUUGCACUAAGAGUACACAUUGUUUUUUGUUCGUAUAUCUUUGGAUAUGCCGUAUGUGUGUGGGUGCUUUCUGUAAGAUACCUUGGGAGUUGUUAUACUUAGGUGUCAAUGUUGCACCAUUGUCCACUGUUGUGUGGCACUAUGCUAAAAGCAUAUCGAUGUGGAGUGUGGCCAGGAUUUAAGUUACAAGUGUUCUGUCGUAACAGCUAUGCCUUUUAAACUAUUUUUAACGUGAGGAAAACAAUCUAUAUAUGUAAAGUUUGUUGUUGUAUUGCAAUGUUUUCCUUUACAAUAUUUUCUGCCACCGGUUGUUGAUUCUCUUACACUUUUACAAUAAAUAACCCUGGAGCCUCCGCUAUUACACAACGUUGUUACUACAACUUUUACGAAUCUACAGCUUAAAUAUCAAAGUGUAAAAGUGUUGUCUUUUGCUCCAGUGAAGUGAGAUAGCGCUUCCGCUCGCGUUAAAGAGUCCUCGAUACGCUGAGCAAGCCGCCAAGACUCGUUGCCCGUGACCUCUCUCGACAGAACUUUUGUCGCGUCGCUGUUUGCCACGCAAGUUGCCUUAACUGCCCUGGUCAAUGUGCUGCCGGUCACAAUUUGGCCAAUUAACUGGCUCCGGUGUGCUAUGGCCUCACGGUCAGUGUUGUCAAUUCCUCACUGUGUUCGUGGCGGGGCGAAGGUCUAGCAGUAGGGCAAACCGCUAUUGACCUCCGACAGUCGUAAUAAUGUUAACAACGCCGAAAGGGUGAAGGGCUGAGUUGACACUCGCGACGGGGUAGCGAACUCGCAACCUUUCCGAAUUAAGAAUUUGAUUGUGAAUCUUACGUCAGCAUCACCGGUUCCGAUCAUUUGCACAGAAUGUAUUUCCUAACGUUGAAUAAAAAAAAAAGUAUGGAAUUA